AUGGCUCUUCCUUCAAUAUACUCUUUCUUAGUCUUUGUCUCCUUCCUCGUCUCAGUCUCACACUCCAUACCCUUCAUUGUUAUUCAUGGAAUUGGGGAUCAGUGCUCUAACCGCGGAGUGAAUAAAUUCACGCAGCAAUUGAGCAGCUUUUCUGGUGCUGAAGGAUAUUGCGUCGAGAUUGGCAAUGGAUCAUGGGAUUCAUGGUUUCUGCCUUUGAAAAAGCAGACUGAGAUUGUUUGUGAAAAGGUGAAACAAAUGAAAGAAUUGAAGCAAGGGUACAACAUUGUUGGACUUUCCCAGGGGAAUUUAAUUGGUCGAGGCGUUGUGGAAUUUUGUGAAGGAGGACCUCCCGUGAAAAACUUAAUCUCUUUAGGUGGCCCUCAUGCUGGUACUGCUUCAGUUCCCCUAUGUGGUUCAGGUAUCUUUUGUGUUCUUGCAGACCAACUCAUCAAGGGAGAGGUUUACAGUAGCUAUAUUCAGGAACACUUGGCUCCUAGUGGCUAUCUUAAAUUACCGAAUGCCAUACCUGAUUAUUUGGACAAGUGUAGAUUUCUUCCAGACCUUAACAAUGAAAUACCAGCUAAGAGAAAUUCCACUUACAAGGAAAGAUUUAGUAGCUUGCAGAAUUUGGUACUUAUCAUGUUUGAGCACGACAGUGUUUUAAUACCAAAGGAAACUUCCUGGUUUGGAUAUUACCCAGAUGGCUACUUCAACCCGGUUUUACCACCACAAUCAACACAACUCUACAUUGAGGAUUGGAUAGGCUUAAGAACUCUAGAUGAAGCUGGUAAAGUUCACUUCAUUAGUGUUCCAGGAAAGCAUCUCGGAAUCUCCGAAUCGGAUAUGAAAAAGCAUAUAGUGCCAUAUUUGAAGGAUCAAACAUCCCUAGAAGAUAGCAUCAAUAAGGCCAGGUUCAGAAUUCAAGGAGUUAAUCAGAAAGUUAUUCAAAGCAACAGGAUGGAGGUAGAACCGUCAUCCUCUCCAUUACUUGAUGGGUCAUUGUCGUAUUCGUGGCCAGCACCAUUCAAUACUUUCAUUGGUGAUUUGAUUGGCAUUAAUGAAGAGAAAUCUACAUGA